UCUACAGGAAUUGCCGAUCCAAAGGCCUGGCUCAGGAGUGAUCCUGUGCCACCUGUACCAUCAAGAUCAAGAUCAAGGUCAUCCUGCUUUCCGUCAAGGGAAGGUAAACAAAUCCAGGCGGUGGAUGAGGAACACGUGCAGGGAUAAACAACAAGUGGUGGAGGUCAGACCAGGCAGCAGUUAUGGGGUCAACUGAGCAGUGGGCAUGUGAAGAGCUGGAGCGCUUGGGUCUCUGUGAUCCCCAGGUGAUCAUCCGUUACCUGCAGCCUAUUGAGGACCCUGCUGAGGUGAGGGAAUACCUGACCUCCAUGUUGGACAGCUCUGAACCCUCACACACCAGAUUCAUUGAGGAGUUCCUGCGCAGGCAACAGGAGGCAAAGGCAAGCAAAGACUUGAGGUUUUAUCGCAAGCCUGACCUUGAGAUUGACUCUAUCAAGGUCACUGACAAGAAGAAACAAAAAGCACCAAAAGAGAGCAAUGGGAGAGGACAGAGGGAAAGUUCUAAUGGUGUUGCCUCUGCUCCUCCAUCCUCCACACCCUUUUCUAACACCUCCUCCUCCAGCUCAUCAUCAGGUAAGAAGAAAACAAAAUUUGUUAACCUGUAUUCUGAGGAUGGAGCAAAUAAGGAUGUUGUGCUGCUGAGUGGGCGGCACCGCUGUGAGUGCCAGGCCUCGCGACACCGCCUGGUGGGAAACUGCUUGCAUUGUGGCCGUGUGGUGUGCCAGCAGGAGGGCUCUGGGCCAUGCCAGUUUUGUGGUAACCUGGUGGUGACAAGGGAGGAGAGGGAAUUGCUCAAUCGUGGCUCAAAGAAAUCAGAGGCCUUGCAACGACGACUCCUGAGUGAGAAAAAUGCAAUGGUCAAGGAACUGCCACCACCAGAGGAGCAGACAGAUGCCCUGCAGAAGGCAGUUGACCACAAGAAUCGCCUCCUGGAGUUUGACCGGACAAGUGAACGGCGAACACGCGUCUUGGAUGAUGAGAGUGACUAUUUUAGCCUCGACUCUCGCUGGCUGGCUGAAGGCGAUCGGGAGAAGCUGCGGCAGCGGGAGGAAGAGCUGAGGGCCAAGAGGUUCUCACGAGGUGGCCAGACGGUGACAAUCGACUUGGUCAGCAGGCGUGUGGUGGAGGACGAGUGGACUACAGCAAUUUACAACCCUGAUGACCCACUGGUGAAGGAGGUGCUGGAGGGGCGGACCAGUGACAUUUUUUCAGCCCCAGACAGGGAGGAGAGUGGACCAAAGGUGGAAGUGAGUCGGCCAAUAUAUCAAGACACUGGCCUGACCACCACCAGCAUGCACAAGGCUGGCAGGAAGUUUGGUGGACCUCUUCGUGUUCAGGACCGAGAGUUGCAAGAGAUGAGGGAUGAGGGGAUGUGUCUCAGCAUGCACCAGCCCUGGGCAAGUCUUCUAGUGGCUGGGAUAAAGAUCCACGAGGGACGCACAUGGUACUCUGCCCACCGUGGGAGGCUGUGGAUUGCUGCUGCUGCAAAAAUCCCUCAGCUGGAGGAAAUACGACAACUUGAAGACCGUUAUCGUGUUCUGUUAGGCAAGGAGAACAUAACAUUCCCCCAGCACUAUCCUCCAGGCUGUCUGCUGGGAUGUGUCGAUGUUGUUGAUGUCCUGCCACAGGAAGAGUACCGGGAGCGGUUUCCUGAGGGUGAGAGUGAGUCUCCCUAUGUGUUUGUCUGCCAGAACCCACAGGAGAUGGUCAUAAAAUUCCCAAUCAAAGGACAGCACAAGAUAUUUAAAUUGGAGUCCAAGAUCCACCAAACAGCAAAGAAGGCACUGAGGCACAAUUAAUAGUGAGAGAGAUAGAUGGGGAAAAGGAGAAAUUAUGUGUAUGUAGGGAUAAGAGUAAAUGAAUGAAGGAAGAGGGAUAAGAGGAUUUGUGGAAGAGAACAGAUGAAGAAGAAAGAGUAACUGUGUGUAGGAAGAAGGGGGAGAAGAACAAAAUGGAAUAAAAGAGGAUUCAUGUAUAUACAGUGUAAGUAGACAGGCAGACUUUAUUACAAGCCUCCCAUUGGACAGGGCAUGAAAAACAGUAACAUUGAAGGAGCAAGGAGGACCAGACAUCCCCAUGCUACUAUGCUAAUAACACACUGCACACCAUACACAGCAGCCUGACAUCCUGGUAAAGGUGGCCUGCUGAGACAAGUCACCCACUUGCAUACACUGACACACUCAAACAUUUUUUUGCAUAUUUAUCACUGAAGAAGAAUGCUGAAAAAAUAAGAGUAAUAUUUUUGAGAAGAAAAAUUACUUGCUUUACUUAUUGUUUCCCAUUCACACCACCACCACCACCACCACCUAGUUACACACACACACACAUGCACCUGAUCCUCAUGUUCCUUCAGUGUUGGUUCACAUUCAAGUUAACUUGAUCAAACAGAAGCACAACACACCACCAACAUACUAAGACUUCAAGAGCAGUUGAAUGAAAGUAAGUUAGUUUGGUAAAGGUUCUCAACAACAAUCUCGUUUUUCACCUCCAAAAAAGAAUGCACAAUAAUCACACAGUUGUAAUUUUGUUAAUUUAUCUCAGCUGUGCAUUUUCCUUUGUGUACUGGGAAUCCUCUCUUUAGUGUUUUUAUUUCCAGAACAAGGCCAAAGUGUGAUGUCUCUGGGCCACCUCUGUACAGGGAAUCUUUGCCUGAUGUCUUAGGGGAAUGGUAUAUAUAUUCAGUGAAAUAUAAGGAAAUACAUAACAAAUCCAUGUGUUAAAGAAUGGUAUGUAGAUAUUCAGUAAAAUGAAAUACUUAACAAAUACUUGUCUUAAACAAAUGGUAUGUAUAUAUUCAGCAAGAUGAAAAAAUGUAUGACAAAUAAAGGAAUGGUACUUAUAUAUUCAGUGAGAUAAAGAAAAUAUAUAACAAAUACAUGUCUUAAUACUUGGUGAGGUUAACACUAUAUAUAAAUAUAUGUGUCAUAAGGGAAUGGGUACAUAUAUCUUCAGUGAAAACACACACACACACACACACACACACACACUCAGUUGCAUUCUGUUUCUUUUCUCUACAAAUCAAAGGAGCAGCAUUCUGGGGAGCACAAUGGUUCAGGCAGCAGCAUGCCACACAGGAAGUCCUGGGUUGGAAUCCUGGCUAACAAUUUUCCCAGGUGACUGCCCAUUCCUUAAAUUGGUACGCAGUCUUCAGUGGCUGGGAAAGUUAAAGUCACUGGAGAAGGGAACUGGCAGUCCUAUGACAGAACUUUCUCAGAUGACUGGCUGUGCCUAAAUUCACCCAGUCUUAAAUCACUACUGGUCUACAAUGGCUGGGAUAGUUAAAGACAGCUGAGAAAAGAACUGGCCUCCCUACUCCACAUGCUGAGGUCUUGGAUUGGGUGAUGCUGUCUGCCCAUUGCCUCCCCUCCAGAGUGUUGCAUGCUUUAACUUGCAACUCUUUUGUGGCUCAGUGUAAACUCGAGAGGGCAGCUGUACUUGCCUCUUACGAGCCACUGCAGGCUGGCUUGUAGUGUGUUGUAUCUGGUGUGAGGAAAUGAAUGUAAAAGUCUUCAUCAGUCUUUGUUGUUGCUCCUUAUGACAUACCUAGGAUGAUGAUGAUGAUGAUGAUGAUGAUGAUGAUGAUGAUGAUGAUGAUGAUCUAAGCUGCCAUUAAAAACUGCACAUAUGAUUAAUUUAUCUUUAUGCUGUGAAUAGUUGGAUUGAAAAUUAUUAUUAUUAGUAACUGAUAACUGGAAUAUUUAGUUAUCAGUAGCAAUAUUUAUAGUAGUAGUAGUAGUAAUGUUAAAUGUAUGGAACACAAUCAACAGAAAAUUACCAUAGUAGUUGACUGGCCUAGACUUGGUUAACAGUUGUGUUAAAUGAUAAUAAUACAGUACCUUGCAUAAUGUACAGUAAUAUUUUCAGAUGAAUGGUCCGAUCAUACAAAACCAUGCUAUGCACACAAUAUAUCAAAUGGGAAAAAAUAUGUUAAGUUAGAUGAAGCUAUGAAUAAUAUUAAAAUUCCUGUGAGUGGUCAGGGCACAGCACCACCUACACUCACCACCGUCCUGCUAACCUUUGUUGCCUUGCUCCAUUGCUCCCCCACCACUUAUAAGGGACCCCCAACACUGCAUCACACUCAGUAGACAAGUUGACAAAGGCUGACAAAACACUUCAGUCAGUUGACAAAACACUUCAGCAGUUGAAUCCUGCUGCAUGUGAUAAGAUGCUGCAUGCAUCUUGUCCUCCCAGUUUAUCCUGCUGUAGUGUUCAUAGUGUGAUGCAGCAUCAAAGGCCUCCAAGAGUGUGGGAGGAGAGUGAUCAUGACACAGGUAAACCUCAGAGUUGAAAGAAACAUGAGAUAGACAGGGAGAUGGUGGAUGGAAGCAGCAUCACAACAUGCUCUCACACCUUCUGAUCAACACACUAAGGGCAGCACUUUGCUAUCCAUCUCAUUUAUCUGAUGAUACUGUUUGUUAAAAAUGAUGAUGUACUGAAGAAACUAAUGAGUUGGGUUCUAUAAUUCAUGAGUGGAGGGAGCAGAUGACAUGGCAAGAUAAGAGCAUCAGUUCUGGGUGUAAGUGACGCUUUCAUACUUACACUCUUCACACUCACAUUCCACCAAACCAAAGGAUGAACAGUAAAGAAAUUCCCAGUUAGCUUACCCCUAUUUCAUCUGCCAGUACCUGAUACUGACUGCACAAUAUUAUUAAUAUGACAGCCAUGUAACUGAAAAAGAUAAAAAUAUAUGAAGGAUUGAUUGCCUUCUGGCACGGAAAUGUAUGGAAAAAUAUUUCACAUUGAAAGCAAUAAAAAUUCUGGUUUAU